AUGAACCAGCGCACUUUGAACGAACUUCGUAAUGCCGGUCGCGAAGUACAUUUGCAAAGCAAAAAUUUGGACGAAGUCAAAGACCUGUUACGUGAUAUUGCGCAAAAAACUCGUGAGAAGAUUACAUCAGAUGUUAAAAAUCGUGCAGUAUCAUUGAUUGUUGACGCUGUUUUGAAACAACAAUUGCAAAAUACAGUUGAUCAGAGCCGAAAUGAAACAUUGGUCAGAGUAGUCACGGCGACAAAUCGUAAUGAUAUGAACGAUGAAGGAAUUGAUCAAGAAAUCGAAGAAUAUUUGGCACUCAACGAAAUGUCGGACGACGAGGCAUUAGAUAUUUUAUUUCGUGAUGCCGAUGAUGAACCAAAUGAAGCUGCUAUUGAAGAGAAUGAAACACUUCUUUCUGUAAUUACUGAAAAUCUCAAUAACGCUGGAGUUAACGUCAUUUGGAAUGUAAAUGGCGUAAACUGUGCCGAUCACACACUUCAACUAGGUAUAAAGGAUGGUAUCAAAGCAACAUCGCAAUCAGAUCGAAAUGUAAUGAAAUUAUGCAAAAAAGUCGCUGUGUACCUCAGAUUGGAUUCAACGAUGCAUGAACUGAGAAAUAAUGGAUUGAAACAUGUCAAGCCACGUCUUGAAGUAGCAACACGCUGGGGAUCUUUGUACAUGAUGAUGUCUGAUAUAGUUGAUCGAAAGGCAAAUGUUGAGCACUUGGGAAUGAAAGGACAUAAGUCAUGUCAACUACUUUUGCACAAGUGGAACACUUUGGUAGAAUUGAUGUUAGUUCUUAAAGAUCCAUUCAAACGAACCAUUCAACUACAAAGGGAGGAUUUGACUUUAUCGGAUGCAUACGGUAUUUGGACUAAAAUGCGACUUUAUUUGCAAGCUUUCUCAAGAAAAGUGCGAACAGGUUUUGGUGCAUGUUUAUACGAAGCUAUAAAGGAAAGACAGAAGACAAUUUUUAUUAAUCCCGUUUUACAAUCUUCAUUGUAUCUCGAUCCACGUUUCCGAUCUGAAAUCACGAGAGAUGAAGAAAAAUGUUCACGAGCCAUAGAAUUUUUAUCAAACUUGUAUUGCCGCAUUCAAGAAAUAAAAAACGCAGUAAGCGAAACAACUAGUCCAAAAAAUUCCAUCAUCAUGUCAGUAUCCAGUGAACGUGUCGUAAACGAUGAUUUUGACAGUCCAGGUCGACUCAAAAAAUAUUUGGAACGAAAUUCAUUGUCAACAACACCAAAUGAAUCGCUUGAAUUGCCGACACAAUCUGAACAAAGCACCACUGGAAGUGAUAUUAAAACAAUCAUCGAGUCUUUUCAACCAAAACAUCUUGACCUCAACGGAUCAAUUCUCAAUUAUUGGGAACUUGAAAAGGAAAAUAGCUCAAAAUUGUAUGAAAUUGCUAGUGUUUUGUAUGCUACACCACCGACAGAAGUGCAAAUAGAACGAGAUUUUUCAACACUAGAGUUUAUCUUUUCUCAACGCCGUGGCAAUAUAUCAAACGAAUUAUUGGAAGAUAUUUUGCUAAUUAAUUUGAAAUCAGAUAUUUUUGAGGAAAUUCGAAAAGAAAAAUUAGCCUAUAUACUUCACGAAGAGAGUCAAUUGUAA